AUGGAACCAAACUGUGUCAGUUAUAAUCUUGGAAACCAAAGAAGUGGAACAUAUAUUUGUGAACUGAAUAAUGUCACUCACGAUCACACAGGAAACAAAGACCACCUGGUUGAAGAUCAAAGUUACAUUUACAGUGGGGCCAAGGCAAGUGAAAUUUGUGUCCUCUCUAGUUGAUUUAAACUGUUUACCACUUAUGCACCUUUUUAAUAAACAUUUGUGGAUUUCGUAUUGCUUAGCGACAUACAUAACAAAUCGCGAAAUGUUGCCAUCAAAUAAAUUUCAAAUCCUGUUGUCAAGCCAGUAUCAUUAACUAUCUUCAUACCGUAAACGGAUCUUCGUUUGUUUUGUAAUCGUUCAUUUUUCUGUAUCUUCGUCUUCGCCCUCCUUCUUCUUCUUCUUCCUCUUCUUCUUCUUCUUCUUCUUCUUCUUUUUCUUCAUCUUCUUCUUCCUCUUCCUCUUCCUCUUCCUCUUCCUCUUCCUCUUCCUCUUCCUCUUCCUCUUCCUCUUCUUCUUCCUCUUCUUCUUCUUCUUCUUCUUUUUAUUAUUAUUAUUAUUCUAUCAACCGUCACCGCUGUUCUUUUCUUUGUUGUUAUUAUUUUUGCAAAUAUAUAUAUUUUUAAUUUUCAUGUCAGAGUAAUUGUAAAAAAACUCCAUGCAAAAACAACGCAACUUGUCAAAGCGGUUUCACCAAAAAAGGUUAUCGCUGUUUGUGUACUGCUGGAUACAAGGGUCAGACUUGUGAUGAAGGUAAAACUAUUCAAUAAAUACGUGGACUUCCCACUUUUGAAAUUUAUUUGUACAUAUAAACGCCACAGAAAAACAGUGGUUGCUUUAAAAACAGUAUAAUUGUAAUCAAACGUCUAUGUGUUGCAUUCCUGAUAUUGACGAAUGUGUGACAGGAGGGUACAGCUGCGGUGCUGAUGCAAUAUUUAAAUUUAAAUUUUUCACUGAGACUUCUUAAACUUUAUAAAGUUUAAAAAUUCAAAUCCUUUUUUACUGCAGCGGUUGCGGUUUCAAGCUGCAAGGAAGCCUAUGACAGGCAGAUGUAAGUGCUAAAUUUGAAAAUAAACGACAAAGUUCAUCUCACAUAGAGUGGUAAAGAUUUUAAGGCAAGAAAAAAAGAAAAAAUAUGGUGAUUUUUUUCUAGUUUUUUCCAGCUGUUGUGUUACUGAUUUAGCCACUGAUUACUAUUACUAUACAUAUAUAUAUGUAUAUAAAUAUACAUAUACAAAAAAAAUAUAUAUAUAUGUAUAUAUAUGUAUAUACAUGUAUAUUUUAAAUUGUUUAUCUUUGAUAGACUUAGCGAGAGUGGCAUCGUUACGCUCCAUAUCGACUCAAAACCAACUCCCGUUUUCUGUCACGUGGGGGAUGUAGGAUGUGGUAAUGGAAUAUGGACCCCUGUUAUGAAGAUUGAUGGCAACAAGGUCUGUCCUAAGUUUCUGUUAAGAAGCUAUUAAACUAACUGGGUCAGAUUUUGGAGUUUUGAAAAAUUAAGCCUUAAAGAUAACAUGUUCAUAAUAUGCCUUUCGUUUACAUCUCCCCAACCACACAGCGCCUUCUCCUUGCUGGGUUUUCGUCCGUCGGAUGUUAUGGUCUGUUAUUUAUUUAUUUAUUUAUUUAUUUUUACCACAUUGUGUUAAAAUGUUUAAUUUCGUGGUCUCUUUCAAACUAAAGAUAAAUUUGGACGUCAUGGACAAAAGAAAACAAAAGAAGGAGUAUUCGUUUCAAAUUAUGGAUAUUUUUUUUUAAGGAAAUCUUAGAGUUAUUUUUUUUAAUAUAGAUAAUUUGAUCAUCCUUGAUUUAUUGAAAUAGCAUUUAGGACUCAUUUCAAAUGUAAAAAGAUUUGCUUCUAGGAAAGUUCAAACACACAUAAAAAUUUAUUAAUGACGUAUUUGGACGCAAGGCAAUAUAAAAUUUUAGAAGAAUACAAUUCUGAAGGAUCAUUUAUUUUUAUCAAGUGUCAAAUCUUAUUCAAAAUUAAAAUGAUUUAAAACUCUCAUCACCCUUUCGGCUUAUCAGACUCGAGGAAAAUUAUUGAGUUUCUACUGAGUUCAUUUUGAUCCUACUGACUGGUUGCUGUAGCUUCAUGGUUUCUUUAUCCUUACCUUUUACUUAAAGAUAAUUCUCUUUUACUUGUGAUCAGCAAACGUUUCAUUACGAUUCUGAUUUUUGGAGAGACAAGUCAGAAUAUAACCUUCCUGCGGGAAACACUGGAUUUGACACAGCGGAGACCAAAUUACCGACUUACUGGAACACUUCAUUCUCCAAGAUCUGUCUCGGUAUGAAGAUCAACCAAGAGCUCAGGUUCAUCCUCAUCAACACGAAGGCUGACUCUCUGUACUCACUGAUCGCUGACGGGCAGUACCGCCCCACUUCAUUAGGUCGUGAUACGUGGAAGUCGCUGAUUGGUGCACAGGGCUCCCUACAGCGUUACUGUAACAAAGAAGGAUUCAAUCUUGAACCGGAAAGUGCAUUUUGGAAGAGUAGAGCUUCUAAAGCAAGAAUCGGUAUUUUCGCUAACAACCAAAAUAAUUGCCGUGAUGUUGACUCCAGGAUCGGAUUUGGAACAGGAGGGCCGCAUGAUGAUACCAACACAUGUGGAAUCCAUGCUUCCGGGCAUACACUAGAUAAUGGGCAGAGAAGCAUCAAAGCUAUGGGAUACAUCUUGGUACAGUAACGGGAAAGAAAAACUAUAUACAUAUGGUGACGAACGUUGUCACCGGCACCACUUUUAUGUACAAGAAAAACUACCAUAGUCUCCUGACAUCAACAAAACAAUGAAAAUGAUAAUUUCAUACACCUGAACUAUCCUUACUGAGUGUUACACACAAUAACUUAGGUUUGUAAUUUUUUAUAACGAUAUUCAGAAGACAACUCUUCAGGAGCCGAGAAUAUCUUGAUGCCAUUUAAAUAUUUUCAUUGCAGUAACCAAAGAUAAAUUAAUUUACCAAAACAUUGUGUGAAACACUGCUAUUUUUUUAGUCUAAAAGAGGUUCUUUUCACUCUUUAUUUUUUAUUAAUCAGUGAAUUUCUUAACGUCAGGCGGAUAGGGCUAAGUUUUUUUGUUCAUCUUUACAAAACUUCAAACAUAGUGAUGAGAAUUUAUAAUAUUUACGGAAGGGAAUGCUUCUAAUACCUGACCUCGUUACCCCAUAUUAACCAGAGGUAACUUUUUACCCCUCUCAUUCGGCAUUUUGAAUGAUAUUUUGGAAUUUUUAUCGGAAUUUGUAGAAGUUACAGAUGUUGAUCUCAUCGAAUAUCAGCUCCUUGUAUUAUGACUAACUUUGAGAUGUUUAUCAGUCAGCAGCAAGUUGAUGCCAAUCCGAAUGAAUAUUAAUAACAACACUCUCAAUUAUUAUGUAAACUAUUUCAACAUUUGAAUUUCAAAUGGAAGAAAAAUUUAUAUAAAUAUAUGGGGAUAGAGCUUUUCAUAACAGGCAUGCGGUGUUCAAAGUUAAUUGACCUGGACGCUUUUAAGAAAAAAAAAAUUUUCUAUUGUCCAUCUCCAUUAAGAAUUGAUGAUUUGAGAGAAAGACACGUAAUAUUUUAUUCGGACGUAAAACACUCAGCAAAUUAGUAUUGAUCCGAUUAUCAGUAUGUUAGUACGUUGGGUUUAGCGUGUAAAGAACUCCAUUACAUCUAGAAUUAUGGAGCAGUUCUCAAAAUUACUUCUUUUUAUGCAUUCCCUCCGCAUCUGUGUUAUUUUACCUCUCCUUUGCUCUCUGAUGUUCAGUGCCGCGUUCUCAGAAGGUUAGUAUCAAAUGUAAUUCAAAAAGAGUUUAACCUUGUGUAGUCUUCUGGUUUAGACAGAUGAUGAAAUAAAGAAAAUGCGGUGCAAGUACGUGGUGCAGUGCCAGUUUCAUUUAAGCAGCAGGCUUUUUAUUUUCUUUGAUGUCUACAAAAAAAAUAACCUCAAUUGCAUUAGUUAAGCCUCUCAAACACAAAUUUAAGUUCUUGCUGUCGGCAGAUGCACUGAAAUUAUUGACGUAACUGCCUCUAUAGAAACGAACCAAAACAGUUUCUUGCUUUGGUUCUCUUUCAGUUAUAAUUUCAUCUGCAUCAAAGUUGUAAAACAUAUGAAUAUAUGAACAAAGUUACAGGCCUCAACCCCAUUUUAGUUUCUGAUGUUUAGUUCAAAGAGCUGGAAAAUGUAUGGUGCCAGGUCUAGUAAGGAUGGCUAAAUCUUACCGACAUGCUUUCGCUGUGUCGUGGAAUAUUUAGCUCUAGUUGUGGAGUGUUUGCAAUAGAAUCCCCGUAACUAAAACCUGAAAUUGAGUUUUUGGUGAUUUUAUUGCACAUCUGAAAUAAAGCAUAGUUUCUUUCUCUCGAUGAGAUUGAAGUGUGAUAUGUUAAGGCCUCCAUUGUUUGCCUGUCUCACUACUACACGACUUAGUCCUUAUAUAAGUAUUCUAUAACGUUAAGGAAGCCUACAACACAACUGGUUUGGUAGUAUUACAUCAUAAACCUAUUACAACGUUCUCGAAAUUUCUCAAAAUUUCUAGAAAUCUAUUUUGAAGUUAUCAUACAAAUAGUAUUUGCGUUAAGCGCUUUACUAAAUUACUCGUCAAGUUACUAAAACUAUAUAUCUUUUCCUGACGCUGGCAUAGUAAAUAUUUGUCUUUUCUAGCUCAAUGCUUAAAGAUAAGAUUUAUUGAAUUUAAAAAAAAGUCACAAAGCAAUAGAGAAAUUUCCCUCUGACCCAGAAAAAUGCCGCUAUUUGGAAUUCAAGAACUCAAGAAUGUUAGACGGUCAACGCCUGGUGAACCAUGUGAUUCAAGUUAAUGACGUCAAGGAUAGAGAGUUAUGCGCGAUACGAUGUUUCAUGGAACCAAACUGUGUCAGUUAUAAUAUCGAAAUAAAACCGAAAGGAAAUGAUGGAACACACAGAUGUGAGUUAAAUGACGUCACUCACGUAGGAAACAGCAACGACCUGGUCGAGGAUCAAAGAUACAUUUACCGAGGAAUAGAGGCAAGUGCCACUUAAACCCUGCUUUAAAAGUUUGUAAACAGGUGUUCGAUAGGACAGCGGUGAGGAUUUGCGUUGAGCAUUUACAACUGUUUAACAACAUCGCAAUGUACUUAAGAAGUUCUCAACUUCACAUUCAAUAGUAGAUCGGAAUUUGAGAAUAACAUGCUACCUGUUGUAAAGCUGGCAAAACUAUAUGAUGGAAAUAAGUUGGAUAUCAUUGAAAGCAUGAUUUUCUAAACGAUAUGCCUGUCGGCAUCUUUCUUUAUGUUUUUUUUUCUUUUAUGUCAGAAUAUCUGUGUAACAAAUCCUUGCAAGAAUAACGCCACUUGUCACAGCGGUUACGCUGACAAAGGUUAUCGCUGUUUGUGUACUGCUGGAUUCAAGGGUCAGAUCUGUGAUGAAGGUAAAUUAUUUUCUCGAUACGUAAAUCACCGUCUUUGAGAUUAAAGUGUAACUUUGCGCAGGCAAAAUCAACAGCAGCUGCGAUUAUAAUUGAGAUCAAUAAUAUAGUCAGAGCUGUAUUGAGCGGCACUGUGUUAAGUGGUCACCCUGUGGUACGUGGUCGGUUAUAAAGGUCUCAGACUUUUUCCUCAUACUUAUUGUAGUUUUCUUCUCUAUAAAGUGGUGGUCGUCAGCUUUAACUGAGUUACAACGGCCUAUUUGUAUUCUUCCACCUGUAUGAAAGGGUCUCUUUAACCCGAAACAACUCACAUAAAAAUAAAAAUCUUAAGUAAAAUAUACUUCAUGUUUAUCUCCCGAUGUCAGUAUCAGUAGUAUAUUUGAGCGAUUAGUUAUACAUCAAGUGGUCAAAUUAUGAGAUGAAAUGAAGUUCAGUCUUUUUAAAUACAACCACCUUAUUAUGUGGACCCUGCAUUAAGCGUGGAUAAGCACUGAUUACUGGUUCGACCAUAUACAUACAAAUACAACCACCUUAUUAUGUGGACCCUGCAUUAAGCGUGGAUAAGCACUGAUUACUGGUUCGACCAUAUACAUACAAAUAGUAGUAUUUUUAGUAUUUUUGAGCGAUUAAUAUAAAAAUGAAAUGAAGUUCAGAUAUUGACCCUGCAUUAAGCGUGGAUAAGCACUGAUUACUGGUUCGACCAUAUACAUGCAAAUAUAUAUAAAAAUACAGAUAUUGACGAAUGUGCUACAGAAAAGAAUAAGGUGCAGUGCCAAUGCUAUUUGCAACAAUAUCAAAGGAUCUUAUAA